AUGUUAUAUCGUCUUUUUAGUUUUACAAACAUUUUGUAUUAUUGUGUUGCUGCGAAACAUCGUGGAGCCACAUUAACAUAUGGAUUGAUUUCCACACCGGGAAUUCCCCAACAAAACGACCAAGAAUUAUUUGUCUUGGACAAGCAUCUUUUACCAGACAUAAAGUUUUCCUUAAAUCCAAUGGCUAAAGAAUUUAAGCCGACUGCUUGUAGACAAUUCUCUCAAAAUGAUUAUUCUGCUGUGGUCAGUGCACCUACAAAAAUGCGCCCUAGUGCAUUCAAACGUUUUCCUCCCCCAUCCAGUGCAGAUGGCAAACUCUUGUCACAAAUUGCAGAAAUCUUAAAAAAUGACAAAUUGUUGAUACUGAUGCGAGGUUGUCCAGGAAGUGGGAAAACAACUUUAGCUGAGAAAAUUUACAGUUCUCUUGAAAAGGACAAGACUGGUGUUAUUCUAUCCACAGAUAAUUAUUUCAAUAUGAAUGGCAGUCACUAUCAGUAUGAUUCGACUAAAUUGCCUGGGGCUCAUGCCUGGAAUAAAAGUCAAGCUUACACAGCUAUGACUGAAAACAUAGAUUUGAUUAUUAUUGAUAACACUAAUGUUACAAAAUGGGAAAUGGCACCUUAUGUAAAACUGGCUUAUGAAAAGCAUUACAAGGUGGAACUUGUUGAACCCAACACACGUUGGAAAUUUAAGGCAAGAAAGCUUGUAGAGUACAACAUUCAUGGAGUAAACUUGAGUAAAAUCCAAGAUAUGUUGUCUCGCUAUGAAAAGGGUGUGACAGUAAAACAAUUGCUGGGUACUCAGAAAAAACCAGAGGAAAAAAGCCACACUGACAAGAAUGCAGCAAAGGCUCAGAGAAAAGCUAACCAUAAAAGAAAAAAGAAAUCUGAUCACAGCGGAGACACAAACAAUAAUAAAGAUAAUAUCAAUAAUAAUGAUCAGCAUAGCACCUCCCCGCCAGAGAUGCUCACGACUAAGGCUUUUUCUGACAAUGAUAUAACCACAGAAAUGUCCCCAACUACUCCCUGGACAGAUCAGGGAUUUAUGGAUACACACUGGGCAGAUCAAGGAUUUACAGAUACUACCAGAGAAGACCGAAGAUUUACAGAUACUCCUAGGACAGAUCAAGAGUUUAGCGACCUUAAAUCAGAUUUUCUAAAUCUCCUCACUCAGAUGUUUGGACCCAUUGAUAAUUUGACCAGUGAAGAAGCCAACCAAAAUGAAAAUGUAGACCUAAAGUUAAAUUACGAUGAUAUGAAAUGUCUCCACCAGUCAUUGUCCAGGAUUUGUGCAGUUAAAAAAGGGAGUGUCUGCUCUAAGGAGAAAAAGAAGCCUAAAAGCAAGAAAAUACUCCCAUCCAGUUAUUCGUCUAUGAGCAACUCUCCAAAAGAAAGCUUUAUGCACCAACCAGAAUCAUUGACUGAAAUCAUGAAAGAACAAGAAGAAUCAACAUUCAAACUUAAGCAGAAGCUGCAGAGAAAUGAUUAUGCUACAACCAAGAAACUGGAAAAACUGUGUUCAGAAUUUCCUGGCUAUGAUCCUGAUGUGAUUGAAGAUAUUUUUAAGGAAAAUGACUACAACAUGCAUGAAACCUUUGCUGUCUUACAGGGCCACCCACAACGUGAUGCAAUUGACUGGAGAUUUUCUUGUAAUACAGUUGCUGUGCAAACUGCACCUAAAAAUAAACCUAAAGAAGGAAAUGGCAGGCAUCACCUCACCUGGCUGAAGAUUUCAGAAGAAGACCAAGCAGAAGUAGUUGAAUUUUAUUGUGAAAGACUUAAAGAUAGUGUAUAUAAAAGGAAUAUGUAUUGUAAUAGAUCUUAUGACAAAGUUGUAAGUUACUUCAGAGAGAAGGUUGAUGAAUUUAAAAUAAAGUUGAAAAAUGCACAACUGAGUUUGCUGAAACAAAAUGUAGCAUCUUUGUUAACUAUAGAUACUUAUAAUAAAAUUGAUCUUCAUGGUAUGAGCAAAAGUCAGGCUGGUUUUAUUGUACGUGAAUGUCUUAAAGAUUAUGCUGAAGCAUCAAAGAAUUCCUCUUCUAUGAAGAACUGUUUAAUUUUUGUUACUGGAAAAGGAUCAAAUAGUAAAAAUAAAAAGCCCGUGUUGAAGCCAUAUAUAAUCAAUUUAUUGGAAACGAGUAACUAUCAAUAUAUCAAAGAAGCAGGAGAAGUAAAAGUUUUUGUUUGA